CUGGGAAACGUCAACAAAAUCCACAGCAGUCCGGCAGAAUCAAAACAGAACAAACGGAAUAAACGCACAAAAUGAAAGAAUUAGGAAAAGAUUCCUCCGUCCUGCCGGUGGAAGGAAUUGCUGAAUACAUUCAGGAUGUUCGCCUUCGCAAAAUCACCGGAUCGCUGAAGCUUGCCACGAGAACGCUCCAGCUGCUGAUGGAUCUCGUGUCGAAAAAACCUUGGACCACGGCCGAAGAACUGCUAUCGCUGAUUCGCACCCAGGGUCGCUUCUUGGCCGAAGCACUACCGCACGAUAUCGUCGUAGCAAACACCAUCCGGCGUGUUAUGAAAAUAGUGCGCGAAGAGUACGACUCUUCCCGGGUGGUGCAUUUCGACGAUGGGCAAAGUAUUCUCUCGCUUCACAAGCUCGUAACACAGGCAGCCGAUCCAGAACGGGACGAUUACUCGAAACCGAUGCCUGGGCUGAAGAAUGCACUGGUCGACCAUUUGUCGGAAAUAGAAACCGAGCUAGAAACGACGGGCGAUUCGAUUUCUGCCCAAGCGGCGGAACACAUACAUUCGGCGGAACUGAUCAUGACGAUCGGGUAUUCGCAUGCGGUCGAAAAGUUCUUGCGCAAGGCGGCCGAAACACGUCCUAUCGAGGUGGUGGUGGUAGAGUGUGCUCCUGAUUGCCGUGGUCAACAGCUGGCGGCCAAUCUGGGUCGGGCCAAGAUACAAACGACCCUCAUUUCCGAUGCGGCAAUCUUUGCGAUUAUGUCACGCAUCAAUAAGAUCAUCAUCGGUACGCAUUCGGUGCUGGCGAACGGUGGACUGCAGGCCGUCUGUGGAACGUACAGUUUGGCACUGUCGGCGAAACACUUUUCUGUGCCGGUGAUUGUGCUCGCACCGACGUACAAGCUGACUCCGGUGCAUCUGUGCAAUUACGAGCAGGGUGAUUUCAACAUUCUGGGCAACACGGAAGCGGUACUGCCGUUCAAAAGCUUGGCCUCACGGUUCACAAAAGCAUACAAUCCGCUGUUCGAUUAUGUGCCGCCGGAACUGGUGACGCUCUUCGUGACGAAUAAUGGUUCGAAUGCACCUUCGUAUAUCUACCGUUUGAUAGGAGAGCUGUAUCAUCCGGACGACAGUCAACUAUAAAACACGACAUGCAGUUCUUUAUUCGUUUCAGUUGCAUAAAAUCAAUUACAGUCAUAUGGGAGAAGUCUCUUACGCGCUAAAACACAAAUUGAUCCCGGGGGAGAAAAAAAAACACACUUUCGUUCGUCAUUCUCGGAGCCCAGCUCUGUACAAGGGCCCGUCGUGUCGCUAACGAAUGUCGAAAUGAUGAGCAACUUCAGGCAUUUUAGCUAAGCUUACGAAUUACAGGAAACAUUCACUAUUCAAACUCCUGUCUUUCACCUCUCCAUUAAAUAAACAGCACAUCUUAUCGCUACUAUAA